CGUUUCCUGCAGAGCUGAUUGGCUGGUUGAGUUCCCCUGGCUCAUGUGUUGCAGCAUCCUUCACCUCGACCCGAAAUGAACUGCGGCAGAAGAGCAGCCGCUCUGGGCGACCACAUGUUGUCCUCUCUGGUUAAAUCCCGGACUCUCUGCCGCCGGAUCCCGGAAACUGCGCCGUUCCUCAGCCGAAGUCAGCGCACCGCGGCGGCGGACUCUCCGGGCUCGGACGCCGCAGACAAACCCCGACUGAGAGCCAUUGACCUGGCCCGACAGGUCCGACGGGAGAAGGCGAAGACUCGGACUCAGACGGAGCCUCCGCUGUCCGGCUUGCAGCAGAGAGUGACGGAGCUGAAGCGGUUCAGUGCGCAGCUGCAGAACGUUCACCCAAACGUGCUGGCGAAACAGCUGCACCGGAGCGUCCUGUACCAGGAUAAAGAUGUGGUGGUCAUCAACAAACCCUACGGGGUCCCUGUCAGAGAGGAGUCUGGAGUCACGUCCGUCACCUCUGUGCUUCCUGUUCUGGCUAAAAUGCUGGACGGACUGAAGGUGAAGACGAACUCCGAGCUGCUGCCCUGUCUGGGUCUGGAGAAGGAUUCAACAGGAGCUCUCCUGCUGGCCAGGAGCGAAGCAGCAGCGGAGCACCUCCUCGCCCUGAGCAGAAAUAACCAGGUGGAGAGGAAAUAUUGGGUGAUCACAGUUGGCGUUCCUGUUCCAUCCGAAGGGUUGAUUGAUAUCCCCAUCAUCGAAAGAGAAGUUAAAGGUCCUCAGCCACAUUUCAAGAUGGCUCUGAGUCCGCUUUUCAAAAUGAAUGACGCCGGUGACGGCCUGACCAAGGUGAGGAGCCACCGGCAGGCCCAGUCCGCAGUCACUAAGUACAGAGUCCUGGACAGCAGCAACGGCUGCAGCCUCGUCGAGCUCCAGGCUUUCGCCGGGGUGAAGCACCAGAUGCGGGUCCACAUGGCAUACGCUCUGGCAUGUCCCAUCCUUGGAGAUCACAAAUAUUCCCACUGGAGCAAACUGGCACCACAGGAAGUCACUUCACACACGUUUCAUACAAACCAUGGGUUAACGCCAACCUGCUGAGGGGACGUUUAGUACCACAUUGACAACCGACUAUUUAAAGCUAAAUUGCUAUAAUCUUGUCCUAAUUACCGUACGGAGUUAUGGAUGUUUGAUUGAUUUCUACUGGCAGCGCAGGUAAUUUUGGCCUAAUAAGAGGACCUGAUUUUUCUCACCAGUCAACAGGCAUCAGACCCACAAUCCUUUGAAAUUAAUGUAAAGUCUUCCUAAAAACAAUAUUAUUUAUUUAAAUGUACUAAUAAAUUUGUAAUGUGGUUAUUUAUCUAGGUAAUUUAUGAAAAAAAAAACUGAUACCCAGUGGUUGCAUGCAAAAUUGUCUUUUUGGGUCCUAAAUGGAUGAAAUGGUAAAACUUGGCAAAGGGGCAAACUGACCAAAAUCAUUCGACAAGUGAGAAAUGUCACAACAAUCGGGUUUGUAACAACAUGAGACUGUAGUGAACACUUAUUAGUCACUUAUAUAUUAACAGCUAUGCAGGAGUUUGUAAUUUUGUCUUAUGGUUGCAGAAAAAAACAUUUUUAUAGCUGCUGAUACCCAACAUUGAUGCUUUUCAUUCAGCUGUGUGCCUCACCGGAGACUUAAAAUGAAGUUAAACAGCAGCUUCCUGUAGUUAAGGAUUUUAUUUUAAUUUUUUUAAAUUAGGAUGUUACUUACAAGUAACAUAAGCAUACUUAGUUGACUGCUAAAGGAGUUGCCUUUCCCAUCUUUUAUUUUCAUGAGCAUGUAAAUUAGAGUAUCACCAAAAACUUAAUGUAACUAAUU